AUGCAGAUUCUCAAGGCAAUUGAGGUCCAACAAGCCUGGCGCUGGCAAGUUCAAUCUCUGGGAGCACCUGAUGAGAGGUGUAAGUCUAUGCUCCCUCCCAUCCACCUCGUCGACUACUCCCCUCUCGAGGCCAGUGUCUGCCGGGGCACCGACUUUGUCAUCGUCCGCGAGCUCGCCGGCGGCAUCUUACCUCGGCGAGACGCAAGUCUGGUUACUCGACAAGGUAAAAACACCGAAGAAGCCAAGACAGUCGAGGUCAGCGACGAGAUCGUCCACCAGCUGACGAGCAUCCUCAAGACGUAG